AUGACAAUCGCGUCGGAAUGCUAUGACGGUAGUGGCUGCCCAUCCGGUAGUGGUCGACCUUCACCAGCGGCGGAAGGCGAGAAAGCAGCAGCGGGAGUGAUGAAUGAGCCGUUGGCCAGUUUCAAGUCAAGUCUCGGUGCAGUCUCUAUUCAGGUGGCGUUGCAAACCGUUUUGAAUGGUUCGGCGGUUGAUCAAGUGUUUUCGUUUAAUGCGGUUUACGUGAACAAUCACAAGAUCGAGAAAAUUGAUUUGGAUAGAAUCAAAUUGUUGAGCGCGACGGAGUCUAGUACGGAAUCGACCAAGGCUGAUCUGGUUACGAAGGAGAAUUUCACCAAUCCCGUGCAGUACUAUCAAUAUCUGGUGGGUAGUGAUCCUGCUGGUCACGUGGAUUUGCUAUGGGGUAAAAAUAAGACAUACCUACCCUCCAUUUUUCGAAGCAGUACCACACAGGAACCGCCACCAGCUCCGACAAUCAUUUCCUAUGCGGAUGAUUUGUCACCAGUUCAGAACACUCUGAAUAAUACAACGCCUUUCUUUAAGGGAGACUAUUACGUUGAUCCCGUGGAAAUAUUUUCCACUACAACCACCAGCCGACCAGUGAAGCAAAUCAAAAAGCCCAAAACUAAACCGGAACCUGCGAAGAAGCAAACAAAGCUAACCAAGGAAACUCUGGAGUUGCUGCGCAAAUAUUUCAGCUUCAACUGUUCCCUGACACCGAUCCAAACGUCGACAACUCCGCUUCCUAAAACCGGAACCAAAAAGUUACGAAAUCGUGGAAAAUCCAAAACACCGACUACAGUUCGACCACCGGAAGUCAACAACAAACUAGCUCGACCGGCGAAAGGUAAGAAACCCUACCGACCGGUAGUCUACGUCUACCCACCGGUCAUCAGCAGUCUUGGCGGGGUACUGGAAAGCGUCUACAACUACAUGCACGAUGCCUUUAUCGACACGGAGUACAUUUCGGUGGAGGACACCGAUGAACAGCGAACGGUGAAAAAAGUUUUAAAAUCCAACGACAGGAAAAAGACAAAGCGGGAUUCGAGGAAUUCUGGCGGGGUAGAGUCCAGCACCGCCACCGCUGCGACUAUAAGUUCGAAACAAUACCACCAACCGGAUGUGAAACGGGUGACCUCUUCUGGUUUACCAGGUGAGGGAACGACUAAGAACAAACUAACGACGAACAUUCAUGUAACCAGUGAGUACACUCCGGCAACUCCGGGAACGCUGCCAAUUCUGUCACCGGGGGCAUUUGACGAAAAGGAUCAAAGUAGCGAGGAAAGUGGUUCGGAGGAGGAUGAUGGUGGUGAUUACUAUGAAGGAUUCGCAGCGAAUGAUAGUUACGAAGACGAUGCGGAUGAUGAUGAUGAUGGUGACGACGACGAAAGUCAGGAAGGGGAGGAAAGUGACGAAUACGGUGCUAGUGAAGAAGCGACCGGGAACCAGGUUGCCAAUGAUAAGGAUUACGAUUACGAAGAUGAUAGUGAUAAGGUAGCCGGACCGGUUAAAGUGAAACGUCAAAAGCAACCCGUAAGCGCGGAGGAAUACAGUGAGGAAGAUUCGGAUGAUUAUGAUAGUGAGGAAGAUAGUGAUGACGGCGGUGAUGGGGAAGGUUUCUUCUCAGGCAUUUUUGCGUCGUUAGGACGCAUCGUUCGAUCGCUGGGAUUUGGUCCUCGGACUACGGUAGAGUAUUCUGAUUAUGAUGAAACGCGAAGCACGACUCCUAAGGUGAUAGAUCUGCGGAAACGACCAACUCGGAGCACGGAUCAGGACACACAAACGCAGUUGGAAAGGGUACAUGAAGUUACGGAUAAACAGCAACCGUGGUACCACUAUCCGUCUUACCUGUUCAACGAAGUGGAAGAGGAACCAGUGAUUCAAACGCCCGUUGAAACGAAUCUUGUCACGGAAAACGAUUCCACCAACAACUGGUUUCAGCUUAUGAUGCCGUGGGACUUCUUUAAUCCGUGGUCUUCCUGGGACGAAGAACCUGCUACGGUUACAAAUCAGAAUCAACCAGCGAUGGUGGUCACUGUUCCACCAACAACUGCUCCAGCGACGGAACCCGAUUCUGGUUGGUUUCCAAACUUGUUUGGCAAUAUGGCUACCACGGAGAGGCCUUCGACGAAACCAGUUCCUCCGAAACCCUUGAUCCCAUUUCUCCCAGCUUCCGAUCCUCUUCAGAAGCCAGAAACCUGGCUAAGUGUCAUCGCUCAGCAUGUUUUUACAACGACCAGAACUCCAAAAACAACGAAGUUUCCGUCAACGACUCACCUCACAAAACCCACCAAGGUAUACUAUAGCGGGUAUCAGCUAUGGCGUCUCUUCCCGAGAUCAACGGAGAACGUACGUUCCCUAGAGGACUACCGCGUUUCACCGGAAGGUGUCAAACUGCAGUGGUGGAAGGGACCGACCUUACGAGGUUCCAACGAUAUUCUUGUUCCUCCUGGUAUGCUGGAUAGGAUGACUGAAUACCUACGAGAUGAAGAUAUUCCGCGCGAAGUGAUGAUCAGGGAUUUGGGACAAGCGAUUCUGUACGAAAACCCUAAGAUGACUCGGAGGGAACAAAUCGAAACUGAAGUGCUUCACGGACAUCCGUUGACGUGGUACCGGUAUCAUCGGUACGGGGAUAUUGUGAAGUUUAUGAAUUAUCUGGGGCGUAAGUAUCCACGCAAUGUGGAGUUGAUUCAUGUGGGAAGGAGUUUUGAAGCAAGGCCAUUGACGGUGGUGAAAGUGAAGUUCGACGGGAAGCGAUCGAUCGGCGGGAAGGUUCAUAACUCAAAGUAUAUGAAGGGAAAGCGGAGAUAUUCGGGGAAGAAGAAGGGGCCGCGUAGUGCUGUGUUCAUCGAAGCUGGAGCUCAUGGGCGGGAGUGGAUUGGACCGGCCGUUGCUACCUGGAUAUUGGAUGCGUUGACUAAGGCGAUAGCGAAUAAUGAUACGGAGUUGGAGAACAUCAAGGCAAUGGAUUGGUACGUCCUUUCGGUUCUGAAUCCAGACGGGUAUGAAUAUAGCCAGGACUACGAUCGGAUGUGGCGGAAGACCCGGUCAAAGCACCGUGAGAUUCAAAGCUCUGGAAUAAUAACAUCCGCGUUAAGCUGGCUACAGUCCCACAGCUCCCUCUCCAUGAACUCGGACCAAUCAUGCUACGGGGCGGAUCUCGAUCGAAACUGGGAUCACCGGUGGAACGAAGCGGGAGCUUCGAAAUCCGCCUGCAGCGAAUUCUACGCCGGACAGAGUGCCUUCUCCGAACCGGAAGCCCGUGCGUUGAGUAAGUUUCUGACGAAGGGACGCCGUAACAUUCAAAUCUACCUUUCGCUGCAAUCCUACGGACAGACGAUCAGCUAUCCGGACGGGAAGCGACUGCAGGGUGAGGAUCGGUUUAGCGAUGUUCACGAAAUGGCAACGGUUGCGGUGGAAGCUUUGCGAGGAUCCGGGAGUCACGUUUCCUACCGAGUGGAUAGCGAAGAUGAGAUGGCACAUCCUAGAUCCGGGACGUCGACGCAGUUCGCGAGGUAUGAAGCUGGAAUUAAGUAUAGCUAUACGGUGGAACUGCCGGAUACGGGAACUCACGGGUUUUUGUUGCCUCCUUCCGGUAUUGAGGCUACCGCUAGAGAUACACUGGAGCUAAUUAAAGGUAUGGUAGAUUACGUUUAA